AUUAUCGCCAUCUCUGUCUUUGCACAACUUGAAACCUAGCUUUUCAAUGUCUCCUACUCAGCUGUGUGCCUUGUGUGGCGUUCACAGCCACUUCGCGUGGAGUUGCAGUGGGCCAACACACACUCAUGAAUAACCGCGCUCCUUCAGCUGUGUCAGGUGCGAUCAGUCAAUCUUGGCCUGCGAAAGAUAAACCCCCCCCGGCCUGAUUUGCCUGAGCCUUCCCUUCUCUCGGUCUUCUAUCCAUAAUCAUGGAACCUCUUUCAGCGCUGGGCGUUGCUGCAAAUGUAUUGCAGUUCGUGGAUUUCGCAGGUAAACUCCUCUCGCUCACGGUCCGGAUUCACCGGGCACGUAACAAAAGCAAUAGCAAGGCUGAAUCAAAUAUUCUGGAAAACAUCACUCGCGACCUCACCAAACACAAUGAAACACUCAAGAUAUCAACAAAUGACCUCGGAGAUUCAUAUCAGUCUCAGUUGUCACUCGAAGAUAGAGAAAUUGUGCGAAUCUGCACAGAUUGCGAACAGGUCGCUGCCAAGUUCUUGCAUACGUUAGCCAAGCUGAAAAAUGGGAAAGCUACCGCAUGGGCAAGUUUCGUGGAUGCUCUCAAAACAAUUUGGACAGAAUCCGAAGUCGAAACCUUGCGCCAGACGCUGGAUAGUUAUCGGCAGCAGAUCCAACUAUAUCUCCUGACCUCCAUACGAGUCGAAAUUCGAACGUUCCAGCAGGAACAGCUUAUUCAGCAUGCGCAGGUCCUUACCGAAGUCAGAAAUACCCGAGCCAGCGUAGCAAACUUGUUCACCAAAGUAGCAGGAGACGCAACCUAUACACAGAAAGCGACCUUGGAACGAAACGUGGUCCAGGCCAUGCGCGAUGACUAUGAGCGGAAGACCUAUUCUAAAGUAUCUCCGGCAGUCGAGAUGCAAACCCUGCUGGCAGAUGACGACGCGCAAAGAUUCUACCGCGGUCUUCUUGGGUGGCUUCGCUUCAAGGAGCUUGAAACUCGACAUGAGAAAAUACCUCAUGCAUAUCAGCAGACAUAUGAAUGGAUAUUCAGAACACCAUCCCAAGGUCAAUGGUCUGACUUUCGUAAGUGGUUGGGAGAGGAUGGAGAGGCUCUGUAUUGGAUCACAGGGAAGCCAGCGGCCGGAAAAUCGACUCUAAUGAAGUUCAUCUAUACGAACCCAAUCACCACCACAUAUCUUCGUCGUUGGGCCAAAGGGAAAACCCUUAUUAUCUGCGCUUUCUACUUCUGGAUUUCGGGUACGCAGAUGCAGAUGUCACAAGAGGGAAUGGUCCGUACUCUCAUUUAUGAGGCACUUCAUCAAGAACCCAAACUCUGGGCCACCCUCUUUCCCCAUAAGAUGGAAGAGUUCGUUGCCUUUGGAGACCCAUGGCAGGAGCCAAUAACUUGGGAGGAGAUGAUGCGUGCCCUCAGGCGUCUUGUAGAAGGCGCUGGAAAAGACUACAAGGUCUUCUUCUUCAUUGAUGGGCUGGAUGAGUUCGACGGGGAUUCUAAGAAUCUUAUUGACAUGGUAACGGGAUUUCUCUCUCCGUCCGUAAAGACUUGCGUUUCUAGCCGCCCAUGGAACGUUUUCGAGGACAGCUUUCAGCAACGGCCAAGUUUACGCCUAGAAGAGCUCACCCAUGCAGACAUUAAGCACUUUGUCAAUUCACAAUUCCUUCAAAAUAGGGGUUUCGCACAACGGAGAAUGCUGGACUCGAACUACGCAACCAAGUUGAUCGAGAACAUCACGCUAAAGGCCUCCGGUGUUUUUCUAUGGGUCUCCCUAGUUACUGAUUCCCUCCUCGAAGGAUUUUCGGAUGGGGAACGCGUUGAAGAGCUUCAAGCCCGUCUAGAUGCUCUACCCAGUGAUCUUGAAAAUUUAUUCUGGAAGUUGCUCACUCGUUUGGGAAGCCUCGAACGAGCUUCCCAGCUACUCCAGAUUAUUCGAUCAUCACUCACACCAGUCACUCUCUUAACGCUCUACUAUGCGGAUGAAGCAGAUCCUGCUAUUGCUUCAAAAAUUAAGGCUGGUCCCCUUCCAACUUCUCAAUCCAACGGUCGGGCAGUGAUUAUUCGUCGCCGACUUAACGCCUAUUGUAGAGGCCUCAUUGAGUCCAAAACCAGCCCAGGCCAACCUCUCCACGAGUCGAUAGUCGGUUACCUCCACCGGACAGUACAAGAUUAUCUUCAUCGUGAAGAUAUCUGGGCUAGCCUUCUUACAGCAACAACCAGCUCCUUCAAUCCACAUGCUCGUCUUUGUAAUGCGCAUAUCAUCGUCCACCUCAAACAUGGCGGGCAUACCCUCUAUUUCGAGGAACCGAGUAACCCGUGGUUCUGGGAAGUUGUCACGUAUGGUAUUAGGUAUGCUUCGCUAGCUGACCCAGACUGCGUGAAUGGACUGCAAACGAAACUCUUGAAUGAGAUUGAUGCCGCAGCCUCUUAUGUUACAAGUAUCCAGGACCAGAACGGCCGGACAUUUCUUGAUAGGUUCCACAGGAAUACCUCGCAUUGGACUGGUGCAAAAGAAGGGUUCGAAUUAAACAAAUCGCUCCUAGACCUUAUGGUCACAUGCAAAUGCACUGAAUAUGUUCGUUCUAUGGUCUCCUCAUCUACCAACAAGCCAAGCCCAGCAAUGCUGUCAAAUGCACUAGCCGUGGCUCUGGUACAAUCCACAAUUGGCCUAAAUCUCAACGCUGUGAAUAUUCCUGCCACUGGUUUGCGGCCCGAUCCCGCCCUUGUCAUUCUACUGCUACAGCAUGGCGCGAAUCCUAAUACUGGAAUUAAGAAUGGCCUAUCCCACGUCAAGUACAUCAAUGUCGCACAUGCUGGUGGCACUUUCUCGCCCUGGGAAAUAUUUCUUCAGGCCUGGGGAGAUGACGUUGAGGGAUGGAAGCACGUGAAGAAGGUUGGGAAAGCUUUUCUAGACCACGGCGCGAAUCCGUCUCUAAUACCUAGAAAGUUCCCUACAGAGAUCCACUGGAAGGCACGAAGGAAGAGGAUGGAGGCACUGCUGCUACGCAUUCCAAUACUUGCUGAGACGAUCAAGUGGUCUCGAAGGGGAAAUAGGGAUGGGAGCAUUCACGUUACAGCCAGCUAUCAGCACAGCGGGCACCUGAACCGCAAAAGGCAUCGCAGUUAUUCAAGAGCUGAGCUUUUCGAGGUACGAUUGGGAAUCACCAACGCCUAAUACUAUUUCGAGUAGUUGA